GCUGGUGAUAAGCCUGAGAGGAGGGAGGCGGGUUGACGUUGAUUAGUCGCUUUGGCCGUCCAAGGGGCGCGAGUGUAAGGAAGGCUCUCAGCGAGGGGGGAGGGCUUUUAAUUCCUUUCCCUCGACGGUUCCCAGUCCCUUUCCUUGUGGGAGCGCGUGGGAAGCAGGUGUGCCGCCGUAGCCGCGCCAGGGUAGCACCGCUGCGAUGAAGCCGCUUUGGGGUCUCGGCCUCCUCUGCGUUCUCCUCCUGGCCGGUGAGCGACGGUGGGGGAUGGAGGCGUUUCUGGAAGGUUCGGCGGCUGGGCGAGCGGGACCGUUGAGGGCGCGACCUCCCCUCAGCCGCCCUGUCCUUGGGCUUACUCUAUUUACCUCAGGACAUAAGUUUGUUUUGUGUGUUUUUUGGGGGAGGGGACGUCCUCGUUUCAUGCUCCCCCCCCCCCCAUGAGGAGGAAGGUACUUAAAUUGUGGGCGGCGGUUGAGAGAGAGAGUUCGUGUGUGUAACGGUCCUCCCUCAGGGAGGCUUAACUUUCUGAGGAUGUCCUGCUGAAUCUUAAGGCCCAAGGCCCGGCAGCCAGUCCCGAGUGGCGCUUUAACUUCUGAGGAAACGGGUGUGCGAAAAGUGUGUGGCAUGUACUUGGCUGUUGGAAGAUCCGUUGUCACAGAGCUUGUUGAUUCAGUCUCUGUAUAUCAAAAAGGGAUUUGAGUGCGGGGGGGGGGGAGGGUUGAAAGAAUUUUUAAUGACGAUUAGGGGAGAGGCGAAGUUUCCCCCUCGUUAAGUAUUCAUUAAGAACACUUCGAUAUCUGCCCUAGCAGGAGACCUUUGUGGUGGGUUGUCAUUCAUCAUUGUGGGUGAAGAAUGAAGUAAAAGUGGUCCGCAGGAGGACUGUAAUUCUAACUUAGUUUCCUAAUAGACAGCGUUGGACUGGGGCAUUGGAUGGGGAUAGCAGCCAUGUUUGUCGCUUCCCAGCACGUUUGUCCUACUAUGCUAACUAAGCAAGAAGGGCUGAGCAGAGAGAGAUGACUUCACUGUUCUCUCUUGGGACCAUCAUUUGCUGCCUGCUUGCGCAGCAGCUUCUCUUUACUAUCCAUCUGAAAUUUGACAGAACUUUCUAGCUGGUCCUUGGUGCUGCCCCUUUCAGUUGGCUCUCUUGGCCAAUCACACUUAAUGCGGGGGGUGGGGUGGCUUGAGAUUGCUUCAUCAGCUUUGCUUUUUCAUUCAGAAUGGUUUUCACUUCUCAUAUACCCUGCUAUGCAUUUAUUUGAGAGAGAUUCCACAUUGAUGUUGCAACGAAUAUAUGGAGCGAUGCAAGCAAGGAAUGGAUGGCUUGGUGGGCCCCACUUCCUACUUGAACCUAAGAUGUUUCCCUGUUUCUGGUGUACAGAUCAGCAAGUUUCCUUUGAGCAACUGAUUUGAUACUAAUGUGUUCAAAUUAUUCAUUUUGCAGCCUCAGUCCAAGCUGAUGAGGUAGAUGUAGAUGGCACAGUGGAAGAUGACCUUGGUAAAAGCAGGGAAGGAUCUCGAACUGAUGAUGAAGUUGUUCAGAGGUUUGUUUUAAAAUUCAUUCUUUCAACACUUUCCCCUCAAAUUGCUUUAAAUGAAACAAACCUUCAAAUAGAGGUAGUUGGGAUUGCGGUGCAAAUUUAAUACCGUGUUUAAAAAUGAUUGACUUCAUGAGGUUGCACACUGACAUACUUGUGGAAUGUUUGCCAGCUUCUUAACUGGCAAAUUGGAAAAAUGCUACCUUAUCAAACACAAAGUAACUUGCACACAGUGUUCUAGGUCAUAAUCUAAUUGUGAGUAUUGGUGCUUUGUUAAAUAAACUAUUGUUAAAAUGAAGUCUUCAUCCAAUAGGCAUAUUUACUUUUCCAAAAGAGCACUAGUGUGCCUAAGACAUUGAAUGCUUAUUUAACACUGACUUGCUUGCAGUGAAAAUUUCAAUUGCUUAAAACAAGAAGCAAUGGUUUCCAUUGUGUAGGUAUUUUGGGACUUUUCAACCUAGAGAUGUCAUGAACAUGGAAAAUAGACAGCAACGAAAAUAGAAACUGAUAAUACAUGAGUGGCGGGGGGGGGUUAACCUGUCAAGUGCUGUUUCAGUAGCAUUUGGCAUGUGUAUGGCCACAGGAAGAGUCAUUUUACAAGCUGCUUGGCUUUGUUGUGAGACCAAUUGAUCAUGUCAGGAAACUUGGUGACAUUUAGUUAUGUCCUUCUGCUUGCACAAAAGAAACACUGCUAGUGUAGUGGGCCAUCUGGUUUCACCUGUGUAUUGCAGGCAUUCUAAUUGCAUCAAGGAACAUACAUUUAUGUUUGCAGAAAAAUCAGUUUACUGCUACAGUGGUACCUCGGGUUAAGUACAUAAUUUGUUCCAGAGGUCCAUUCUUAACCUGAAACUGCGCUUAACCUAAAGCACCACUUUAGCUAAUAGGGCCUCCUGCUGCUGCCGGAGCACGAUUUCUGUUCUCAUCCUGAAGCAAAGUUCUUAGCCCGAGGUACUAUUUCUGGGUUAGCGGAGUAUGUAACCUGAACCAUAUGUAACCCGAGGUACCACUGUACUUGGAAAAAUAAAGUCUUAAUGGAUAACCUGGUAUUUCUGUCUACAGGGAAGAGGAGUCUAUUCAGUUAGAUGGUUUAAAUGCAUCCCAAAUAAAGCAAAUUAGAGAGAAGUCAGAAAAGUUUGCAUUCCAGGCAGAAGUAAACAGAAUGAUGAAGCUUAUUAUCAACUCUCUUUACAAAAAUAAAGAGGUAAGCUAUAUAUAUAAUAUGAGACAGAGUUGAUAUAACUUUUUGUACGUACGUGUACCUGACUGUUUUUUAAAUUUCACUCCAGAUCUUCUUGAGGGAAUUGAUUUCAAAUGCAUCUGAUGCUCUAGACAAAAUACGACUGCUUUCACUAACUGAUGAAAAAGCUCUUCUUGGUAAUGAAGAACUCACAAUAAAAAUCAAGGUAAGAUACCACUUCGAUUCCUUCAGCAGUUUUGGAGGAUGUGUGUUACUAUUAAAAAUAAUUCUAAGCUACUUUUUGAGAAUGUAUUUUAAAACGAGUGGGAAACCUGUAGUCCUCCAAAUACUGUUGGAUUCCCACUCCCACCAGCAUGAACUGUGGUCAAGGAUUGUGGGAGCUGUAGUCCAGCAAGACCUGAUGGUUCCAUAAAUUAGGAAGUGACAUCAUGGUAUUUUCUUACUGCAUAUAAAGGAAAAGACUGACUGUAGGAAAUAGAAUGUCCUGCACUGUCUUGCAAUGUACCGUAUUUUUUGCCCUAUAGGACGUACUUUUUCCCCUCCAAAAAUGAAGGGGAAAUGUGUGUGCUUCCUAUGGGGCAAAUGCAGGCUUUCGCUGAAGCCCGGAGAGCGAGAGGGGUCGGUGCACACGGGCUCCCUAGGCUUGCGGAUAGCAGCCUGUUCUGGGGGCUGGGGUCAGGGGAAGCUCGGGCUUCCCCCGCCCCAGCCCCGUGCCUGGGGGGGAAAUAUUUUUUUUUCUGUAUUCCCCCCCCCCAAAAAAAAACCUAGGUGCACCCUAUGGGCCGGUGCGCCCUAUGGGGCAAAAAUAUGGUAAUCAGUUAUAAAGUCAUGUACAUUGAUGACCAUUCAAACAGUGAUAUGUUAAACUGAUAAAUCACUCAGACUGGGUUUGUUUGUUUUACAGUGUGAUAAAGAGAAGAAUAUGCUUCAUGUUACAGACACUGGCAUUGGCAUGACUAAAGAAGAACUAAUAAAAAACCUGGGUACCAUUGCCAAGUCUGGUACAAGUGAAUUUCUAAGUAAGAUAACUGAGAUGCAGGAAGAGAACCAGUCGACUUCUGAGUUGAUUGGUCAGUUUGGUGUUGGCUUCUACUCAGCUUUCCUUGUGGCAGACAGGGUUAUUGUCACAUCAAAGCACAACAACGACACUCAACACAUUUGGGAAUCUGACUCAAAUGAAUUCUCUGUAAUUGAUGAUCCUCGAGGAAACAGCUUGGGACGAGGCACUACUAUAACGUAAGUGUUCCACUCAUGGGUGGAAGAAAGUAUAGACGUUUGACUGCUGUUGAACCAGAUUCUCAAAAAUAAAGGCUGAAGGCACAAUUCUCCCUAUCCAGGCAUUCUCUGCUUCAGGCUGCCUAGGAUUAGGAUUGACGUCCCUUCACUGGGAUGAUCUCUAGUGGGAUUUGCUGCUAUAGGUCAUUGGUGUUGUGGCUGUUCUGUGUUGGGAAAAGCAAGAACUUCAGAUGUCUACUUUUUGAUCUUUUUGUUAAUAAGUUGCAGAACUCUGUACUGUUACAACAUGUGGUGGCUUGUUUUGAAAGUAGUGCAUAGUGUUUUCCAAGUAUAAUAUGCUGUAGCAUCUGCAGCAUAAACUCCUAAUUAUACUGUGCUGCUAGAGAACAGAAAAGCAUUUCGUUACUGGUCUGUUGAAAUAAUGUGCAGUGCUUAAAUUUAUUUUUUAAUGUAAUUUUACUUAAAUACCUUGGUUAAUAUUAAUUUGAUUAAUUAAUUUGAUUAAUGCAGAUAGCCAGCAUGUAAAAAUAUUGUGAUAUGUUAUUUAUUACUUUAGGUAUUUGUACAGUGAAAAUAAUGCAAACUUUAGUUGUAAAAUAAUGGUUUAGUUACUGGAUUUUGCAUCCUUUAGGAUAUAUUUGAAGUUGCAGUGCAAAAUUUGAUUUUAAUCAAUUAUGUGUUAAUCCUAUGUGACAGUGGGUAACAAUUGGCUUUGGGGCUAGAUGCCCUAGCAUCUGUAAUCAAUGUUGCAUAUAAAGCUAAAACUUCAUUAAAAUCAUUAAGAUGAAGUCAUUAGAAUUGCCUAGAAAAUCAUUAGAAUUGCCUAGAAAGUAACUUUGUAGCUGAUCGUAUUUUAUCAGAUGUAGAGUUUGUAUACAAAGCUGCACGUUUUGCUGCUUAGAAUUCUUGUUGGUUGCAUGGUACCAAAAAGUAGGGCCGUCUAAAACUUAAUUUUAACAAUGUGGCUUCAUACUUGCUUCAACCUUGGUUAGCAUCUCUAGUCCAAAUUUAAUUUAAUGAUGGCCCAUGUGGAUUGGAGAGAUUGAGGUUAAUGACAAAAACAUCUUUUUGCACAAGUUCCUGCAAGGGCUGUGCAAGAUCUAAUCUGUUCCUUAUGCAGCUUGGUGUAUUUCUUGAAUCUCCCAACAAAAAGCUACAGUUGCAACUUGUGAUAAAGAAGGGAGGAUUCUAGAGAAAAAGGGCCUUAUUGUGAUGAAAAUAUUGGUGCCAAAACCUGCUUGGUGAUCUAAGGACAUUCUAUCCUCCCUCAAGAGGUGGCCAACUUUUUGCCUCUUUCACAGGGAAAGGAAUAAUUUCUAAUUUUUUACUGAGAGCAAAGAUUUGCCAUUUAUCUUCAUAGUUCACAGCUGUCUCACAACUGUAACAUUUAAUGUACACGCAUAUAACUGCCAUGUCCUGAAAUUUCUUAGAAAAUUAUUCCCUUCGCUCUCUUCCCUUCCUAUGGCAAGUGGCUGAAAAUUGGAUUCUGCCAAAUUAUCAGAACAGUCUUACGAACGAUAAGUUAUCAGAUUUUAAAGUUGCUGAACUUCUCUAGCAAUGGAACUUCUAGAAGCCUAUUACUCUUAGAACAUGCUCAUUAGCAAAAGCUAAUGUAAUUGUUAUAUCUAGUGCAAAUUAGUAUUAGAGAGGUUGCUAAUACUCAAAUCAGGCAAAAUUGUUUUUGAAAAGAGAAAUGUAUAGUUAUUUGGAGUAUCCAGACAGAUCUGCCAACAUGCUGGUAGCACGUACCAGUUGUAUCUUACAUAGUAAAAGAGCUGGUCUGGUAAUUUUUUUAUUGGUGUUCCAGUUCAGAUAACUUGGUUUAGAAGCUUGUAGGUAAAGUAGUUGUUUUUUAAAUGAAAAGCAAAUUGAUGUAAAAUAUGUUGUUUUGAACUGAAACAAUGCAUUUUCCCUUUUAUUUCUCAGUCUUGUUCUGAAGGAAGAAGCUUCAGACUAUCUUGAGCUGGAUACAGUUAAAAACUUGGUCAGGAAAUAUUCACAGUUCAUAAACUUCCCUAUAUACGUGUGGAGUAGCAAGGUAAACUUUUUAAAAUAUUGCUGACUUGUGUAAAAUACUAAGAACAUAAGUUAUAUAAAAGUUUAAAGAUUGUUUGUGGAAACAAAGCUUUAAGUGUUGCUAUUACCUAUGAUAAACCAGUUUAACAGGAACAAUAGAUCCCAACUGAGCAAAUGAGACUACCAAGCAAGAUAGUUUCUCUGUCUACAUUGUAAUUGAUGUUGAAAUGUGCUCCUGGUAGCCAGAGGGCUUCUUAUUGGAUCAGCUCAUACAGUAGUAUCUACAAGGCACUUUUUAACACUAAGCUGUUAAGGAUGCCUCUGAUUUACUGAAGACUUAAAAAGCUGAAGCACCAUUAACUUUCAAUAUUGUGGCUGGUAGACAAUUGGAAACUUAAGACUUAGUCUUAAUACACUUAAGAAUUACAUGUAGUAGUGAAUAGUAUGGUUCAGCAUGUGGUUCUUCUGCUGGAUAUCUGUAGAAUACUUACAGCCAUACUUGCUAAAGUUGAAUUCUCACUUUUCAGUGCUCAUGAUGGACUUUACACCCUUAGCAAAUAUUCCCCUAUUUAAUUAAACAUUUCUCACCAAAUAUAUGAAUGCAACAUCAACUAUUUCUGCAGACUGAAACUGUAGAAGAACCUCUUGAGGAAGAAGAAAUGAAGGAGAAAGAGGAAACAGAUGAAGAAGCUGCAGUGGAGGAAGAAGAGGAAGACAAAAAGCCAAAAACUAAGAUGGUAAUAGUUCUUCACAUGCCUUUAAUGUUAAAACAGCUGCCAACUGGAAUUGGCUGAGUUAGUAAGGUUAUCCAAACAAGAUGUGUAUACAUAGGUUUAGGGUUGCAUAUCUCCAGAUGAAAAAUCUAUUUGCUACAAUUCUUUGGAGAGUGGUUUCAGAACAUUUGAAAUAAAAUCAGAUACCUAUUGGUUUUUAGCUCUCAAAGUGCUUCCCCUUUAGCCAAAAUGUCACUAGCCUCCCAGUAGAGGGAGGUACACAAAGGUUUGAAGAAGUGCCUUUUUUUCUUUUUUGGAAGAACAAGAGUUGCAUGGGUGGUGACCCCAAAACAGUCCCAUGAAACCUGGGCAUCCUCGGUGUUUAGAGAAUGUUGGGGAAAGGGUAAAAUCCUGAACAGUAACAUUCUACUCUGCAGCAUUUUGUUUCAGGUCCCACAUAUUUUUCUGAUUAUUUGGCCCAAUAAUACAAAUAGCGUAGACAGAGGCAAGUACAUCUAUAGGUAGAGGGAUUCUGAUUGUUGUCAACAGUCUCAACACUUUGUCCUCUUUUUUUCUUUGUCAUUUCCAAAUUCAUAAUUCAUUUCCAAAUUCAAAUUCAUUACUGACAUGACAGGAAAAGCAACUAUUAUGUUUGUGUGAUGCAUAUUUAGUUGAGUACCAUGCCAGCUAAAGUGUAGACAGCUGCCACCAUUUAACUUACAUGACAUGUAAAAACUUGAGUUCUGCAAAUAAUGCUAAAAUACUUUACAGGUUGAAAAAACUGUAUGGGAUUGGGAGCUUAUGAAUGACAUCAAGCCCAUUUGGCAGAGACCAUCUAAAGAAGUUGAAGAAGAUGAAUACAAGGCUUUCUACAAAUCAUUUUCUAAGGUGUGCUUGCUUUAGCAUAUUGGGAUAAGAAAAAUUAAACUGCAGUGUUAGAUGUCAAAACCUGCUUUGAUGGGGUUGGAUGAAAUUGGUACACUGAUUUUCAAGGCAUGUGUCUAGAGCUUAGUAAGAUAACCAUGAAAGUACUUAUAAUAGUUGCCAUGCUGUGGUCUCAACUUGCUGCCGGUAUGAGGUACACUUUAGAAAAACUAGAUUCUGACUUGAAUCAAGAAAGCACCAACUCUGUGUAACUUUAUUGCAGGAGACUGAUGAACCCAUGGCUUACAUUCACUUUACUGCUGAGGGAGAGGUGACAUUCAAGUCCAUUUUGUUUGUUCCGACAACUGCUCCACGUGGCUUAUUUGAUGAAUAUGGAUCCAAAAAGAGUGAUUUUAUAAAGGUAAAAAUGUUGUAAAUUUCUUCCUAGAAUCAUAAAAUUGUAGAGUUGGAAUGCAGGAAUCUCAAGAUGCAGUCCCCUGUGCAAGCAGUUUUAUUGCUUCCUAAAAAGACAGUUGCAGAAACGGUCAUUAAUAACUUUGUUGUCUUACAGCUGUAUGUCCGGAGAGUUUUCAUCACAGAUGACUUCCAUGACAUGAUGCCCAAGUACCUUAACUUCGUCAAGGGUGUUGUAAGUAUCUUCAGGAAUAACGUCCAGUGAUAACUUUCAACUCCAAUUUUACUGCUAAGCCUCUCUAUAAAAUGUUCUUUUUAAAUGCAGGUAGAUUCAGAUGAUCUUCCUCUAAAUGUAUCUCGUGAGACCCUCCAGCAACACAAACUGCUAAAGGUACGUCAUUUACAGCAAGAGCUUUCAGGGGAUGUCUUAAUGUAGCUUAAGAGCAUGAGUUGUAGAACUUAAAAAUAUCUAAACCAUGGGUAGGCAAACUAAGGCCCAGGAGCUGGAUCCAGCCCAAUUGCCUUCUAAAUCUGGCCCAUGAACGGUCCGGGAAUCAGCAUGUUUUUACAUGAGAAGAAUGUGUCCUUUUGUUUAAAAUGCAUAUCUGGGUUAUUUGUGGGGCCUGCCUGGUGUUUUUACAUGAGUAGAAUGUGUGCUUUUAUUUAAAAUGCAUCUCUGUGUUAUUUGUGGGGCACAGGAAUUUGUUCAUCCCCCCCCCCCAAAAAAAAUAGUCCGGCCCCCCACAAGGUCUGAGGGAUAGUGGACCGGCCCCCUGCUGAAAAAGUUUGUUGACCCCUGAUAUAAACAAUUGGUUUGACUCUGAAGAUCUCUUUUGUCUAGAGGCAGAGCUGGAGUUUUCUCCUUUAUUCAAGGGUUAAGCCAUAAUCAACAGGCAGAUGGGUCUGUAUUAGCAAAAAACAGGAGGGUUGGUUUUAAUAGGAAUAUUUAAUAAGAAUGCAUCAUAAUGCAUCUUGACCUAACAACUUGCAGAGUUUCAAAACUCCUGAUGUUCUUGAAAGCUGUCAUAUGCAAGUGUCCUUUUUCAAUCAUUUUUAGGUUAUCAGGAAGAAACUUGUCCGCAAAACACUUGAUAUGAUUAAAAAGAUUGCUGACGAAAAAUACAAUGAAACAUUCUGGAAAGAAUUUGGAACAAACAUCAAACUUGGAGUUAUUGAGGAUCAUUCAAAUCGCACUCGUCUAGCAAAAUUGCUUCGCUUCCAAACUUCUCACCAUGAGUCCGAAUUGACUAGUCUAGACCAAUAUGUAGAAAGAAUGAAGGAGAAACAGGAUAAAAUCUAUUUCAUGGCUGGAUCAAGCAGAAAGGAGGUCAGUCAUUUUUCAUCAUUGAAUCCUACUGUGAUUGUAACUUCCAUUGCAGAAAGAUGUUGCUAUAUCUCUAGAAAAGUAAGAUUAAUGCCUUAUUCAGGCUGGAUAAAUGUAUGCUAGUAGUGAAAGAAUACCUCAUUCAGCAUUUUGGAUCUUGCAGUACUGUGUGCUUAUACUAGUAUUUUGUACACCUGCUUUGUAGGCUGAAUCUUCACCAUUUGUAGAACGACUUUUGAAAAAAGGCUAUGAAGUAAUCUAUCUGACUGAGCCGGUAGAUGAAUAUUGCAUUCAGGCUCUCCCAGAGUUUGAUAACAAAAGGUUCCAGAAUGUAGCUAAAGAAGGAGUAAAGUUUGAGGAGAGUGAAAAAUCGAAGGAAGCCCGUGAAGCUUUAGAAAAAGAAUAUGAACCCCUUCUAAAUUGGAUGAAAGAUAAAGCUCUGAAGGAUAAGGUAUGUACAUACUAAGGAAACUCAUACUCUUCUACUGAUGCAUUUCUGUGCUACGUUUGAACUCACAACAAUAUUUCUUUUUCAGAUUGAAAAAGCAGUGUUGUCUCAACGAUUAACUCAGUCUCCAUGUGCUCUUGUGGCUAGUCAGUAUGGAUGGUCUGGCAAUAUGGAAAGAAUUAUGAAGGCUCAGGCUUACCAGACAGGCAAAGACAUUUCUACAAAGUAAGUAUUUAGAAUUUUUCCUAAGUGCUUUCUAGUUAAAGAAUUUAUAAGUCAGACAUAACAUCUGCCAGUAGUCUUCUGGAUAAAGCACUCCCAUCUAGAACUUAUAGGCUAUAUUACCUGGCUGAUCAUAAAGCUGUCUUGCUGUUACCCCAGCUUCAAGGUCUCAUAGGCCUUGUUUUAGCAUUGCAAUUGGAAACUAUCCCAUAAGCAAUGUAAAUGCAAAUAGUUAAGUAUUUCAAAAAUGCCUUUUGGAACAUUUCAUAUUAAACAUUUUGCAGUUUGAUAUAGAGGCUCUGAAGUGAAUUUUCUAUGCAAGUUUGGUAUGCACGCCACAACACUGUGGCAGUUUCUUACACUUAGGCUGCAAUCCUAGGCACAGUCACCUGAGUGAAACCAUUGAAGGUGGGACUUGCUUCUGAAUAAACAUACAGACAAUUGUACUGCACAGCGCUUAGUCUUCCUACAAAUUGCAAUGUUAUCUUUGCCUAAGAUUAAAUUAACAACUCAAGGCCGCCUCUUUAAGUAUCGUUACUGGUUAGGAAGUUGUUUUUUUUAACGUUUCAUACAAAAGUACUAUAUUUAGUGAACAUUAAAUAUUCUUUCUUUAUAGUUACUAUGCAAGCCAAAAGAAGACAUUUGAAAUAAACCCUAGACAUCCCCUCAUAAAAGACAUGCUCAGACGUAUUCAGGUAAGAAAGUUCUAGGACCCUGGGCAUCUGUAUUGUCGGGUCCUGCUGGAGCUACUUGAAUUCUACCUUUUGAAGCUGUAUUAAAGUAACUUGUUCCUUCUUCCUGUAACAAAAUACCAAAUGCUGGGUAACUCAUGCUGCAGCCUAUUUGGCUACAUGUAUGACAGCCCAGUGACCACAAGCUCAUUUUGUUGUGCUAAUUUUUUGCUUCUUUCUCAGGAAAAUGAAGAAGAUCAAACAGUUGCUGAUCUUGCUGUGGUUUUAUUUGAGACUGCUACCCUAAGAUCAGGGUAUCUGCUACCCGAUACAAAGGAAUAUGGAGAAAGGGUAGAAAGAAUGCUUCGUCUGAGCCUGAACAUUGACCCAGAAGAAAAGGUUGGUUAAAACGUCAAGGCAAUUGGCAUAAGCCUUCAAUUCAGUUUAAUUGGCUCUUCAUUCAAGAAGCACAGUGGUAUUCAGUACAGAAUUGGAACAUACUAAUCUAGUCAAAUGCUAACAGAACUGUAACCAGCUAUUACUUAAAAGCAAGGCUGAAAAUGUCCUAUUAGCUAGCUAUUAGGCCACUUACAUAAUUAUAGAAAUGUAAGAAUUAGGAAAACAGUUGUCUGAGCAGAAAAGGAACAUAAUUGAAAUUAAGACUCAGCUGCUGUACAUCACAGGUGCUUCUGUGCUAUGGUUCCUUCAUCUUAUACCUACUUUGGUGUAAAUUUAACUAGAGAGAAUACGCUUUUGGGGGGAGGGAAUGCUAGGAACCGAAUUGGAGCUUGUGCCAAUGAGCCAGAGGUUCCCUAUGCCAAAUACCCAGUUUAACACACUUAAAUUUUUUACUACUUCCCCAAAAUGAAAUCCCAUGCGCAGUAAUGUACCAUGACUGCAAAUGUUCCAAUGGAAGUCUUGGGUACUAAUCCUGCAUUGUCCAGAGAGCCUUAACAAGAAAAAAUCACACUUGGUAUUGAUUUAAAGUAUUUUGGAGGAUGGUUGGUUGGUUUUUUUGUUCACUAAAUAAAAUGAUUUCUGAAAGGUGGAAGAAGAACCAGAAGAACCAGAAGAUGCUACUGAAGAGGUAGAACAGGAAGAGGAAAUAGAAGCUGAUGAAGACGCUGAAGACAGUGAAUCAAAGGUUAGUGCUAUUGUGUGCGAUGGUGCAAAACUUUACAUAAUUGAAAAUGGAAUUCUAAUACGUGUUUUUCAAAAGGACAUCAUAUUCCCUUUAUCCAAAUAAUACAAUCUUGUGUUUCUGGUUGAUUAGAGCAGGCCUAAAGUAGAGGCAAACUGUUUGGACUCAUUUAAAGUUGCUAAUAAUUGGAGUACUGUUUUUGCUCUGGCCCAGUGUGGUGUCCUAGAUGUUAUUGAAUUCUACUUCCUAUCAGUUCCAGCCAGUAUGGCCAGUGGUCAGGAAUGAUGGAAGCUGGGAAUCAUUCGGUAUCUAGAGUGCACCACAUUGGCUAUUCCUGCUCUAAAGCUGAGUAAUGUAAACCUUGCAAAUAGGAAUAAAAAAUGCCAUACUGCUUAAUAGCAAGCCUAGAAAUAAUGUUGAGACGCUUGUACAUUCUUUUACAGGCAAGUGUUUGUGCCUUGAAACAUUUGACUUAGUCUUUUCUUUGUCUGUCUUCCAGGAGCCCACAGAUGUAAAGGAUGAAUUGUAAAAUGCACUCUCACAAAUCGUAUCCUGUGUCUGGGAUGAAACAGGAAUGUGAACUAAAUUUGUUUUGGUUUGUUUUUUUUCAAUGUAAAAUGUUGGGGGGAGGCUUAGGGUUAUGGGCAGGAGAGAAUUUUUUAAGUUGCAUUUUUUAAACAUUCCUCACAAUGUAAAUUUGUACUAUUUAACUGACUACUUGGUGUAAAAUCUUGUCAUGUGUACAAAAUUAAAAUGUUCACACCAUUUGCUGUAUGGGGCAGCGGAGGUGCUUAUUUACUUACCUUGAAAUUAAGCAAAGUUAGUCUGUUAGUAGAACAACCUUGUUGAAAGAGAAACAAUGGAAGAAAAGUGGGAAAGGAAAACCUGUUAACUAUUUUACAGGAGAUGCUUAAUAAUCAGAACUGAUAAAGGUAUGGAGCACCAUCUGUGUUUUAGAAAGUAUACACUAUUCAGAAGCCAGAACAUAAUUACUUAAAAAUAUAGGGGAUUGGAAAUAGGAAUCGAUGCUAUUUUGUCAAUUCUGCUAUUGCAACAGAAGUUAUUCACAGCUAUAAUAGGCAGGUUCUAAAUUACUUGUACUUCCUCAAACAAGUAGAAUGCCCAAUUUCCAGGUUCUGUAUGUUUUUAAAAGAGAUUAAAUUAAAUUACUUCCCUGUUUUUUGU